UGAAAUAGUAUUGAAAUUACUAAGUGUUUGAUUUUUUUUUGGAUGAAAUGUUAAUGUAUAUAGCCACCCAAAAAUAACAUCUUACAAUGCAUUAAAUCCACAUCAAAAUAACUAUCUAAAUUAGAGUAAACUAAUCUAGAUAUAAUGCAUCAGAUAAGUGGGACAAGCCCCACAUCAUAUAAUCAUUGCCUAAAUAAUAAAGCUCCAGCCGUGAGCUAUCAAAAGAAAAUCCCAUAACUAACAAGCUAUAGCUCGAAAGCAUAUAAAUCAACUGAUAAUCAAAACAAACGCCCUCCCUUGGAUAUGGUCUGCCAGUAAGCAAGCUUACCUCCCUUUUUUCUUUCUUACUCCCAUACCGAAGCCCUUUUUUCCAUGUGGCGUUUGUUUGCCUCCCAGCUUCCGGAACCGUGUCUUCCAAGCCAUAACGUUCCCUCCGUAAUUCAGCCAAUGAAAUUCGAAGUGCCUUAUCAGCCCUAACAAGACGCUCAUUAAAGCUUUCCUUAUUUUGUGCCUUCAAAUCUUCAGUGUUGUCUAUCUUCAACACAUCCUUAUCAGUCUGCCCGGAGCUCUCUUCCUCACUAGUCUUUGUGUCAGCGUCUUCUUGGACAAUCUGCGCAACAAUGGUUGCAAUGGUAGUCUCUUCCGCACCCAUGGGAGACUCCUGGAAAACAAUUUUCCCUCUAGGCCUGGUCAGGUUUGCAGCAGGUCCGGUCGGGUGCCCCUGGGCAGUGUGUUCUGGCUGAGAGUUGCCUAUGGCAGCCGCCUUUAUGGCUUUGUAUCGCACAACCUCAAAUGAAGCAAUCUCAUCACCACAUACCUCCAUAUCAUUUCCUUCUUUCCUCACACCCUUUGUCACCUCUUUUUUGAUCUUUGUCAUCCCAAAUUUUUGCAAAUAAAGGGGUGGUGUCCGUACGAUUUGCAUUCAAAACAGAAAUUAGGAAAGGUCUCAUAGACUACCAAUUACUUAAAAGUCUUCCCCGAAGGCAGCCGGAUAGGAAAAGAGAGGCACGGCGCUUUGGUAAUGUCAACCUCAAUUAGAACCCUCGCAAAAUUAUAGUUUGACAUCUCUUGGGUGACUUGUCCGUGGUGAUAGGUACCCCAACCUUUGAUGCAAUCUUGCUCAUUGCCUCUUCAUUCCACAAGUUUAACGGUAGAUUAGGGAAUUUCACCCAAAUAGGCACCGUAAGAAAUGCUUCAUCAUCAAAAGUGAAGUCAUCGGACAACAUUUUCAAUAUAAGCAACCUUCCAAAGAGAUUAUAAGGUCCUUCGGUGAAGACCUUUGUUCGAUCCUGUUCAUUCUUAAAUUUAAACACCACCCAUCCCUUGUCAUGGCGUUUUACCGUACAAUGUACACCCCAUGUUUUCAUCAAUUCAUAUAUCGCUUUAAGCCCAGGGAACCUUCCCGUAAAGCAUCCAACAAGGCAAAACCCCCACAAAGAAAUCAUAGAUGGCAACACACAAUUUGAAAGAUCAAUACAAUCAUCUACCGAAGGUAAAUAUUUCAAUUUAAUACCUUGGGAGGAAGCACGAUUAUCCCUAAAAAGCUCAGCCCAUUUAUUAGUCCCACCAGCUUUCAGUGCAGUUACCCCAAUUGCAGCAGGAGAGCUGCAAUCUGCUAGUGCAGCAGAAGAAUUCUCUGCCAAAGUUUUAUCAGCAACAUGUCCAGUAGCUACUGGUUUCCCAGCCUUCCCACUUUUUCCACGAGUUUGGACUGGGAGCUCAACAGGUGUGACAGUGCUCCCAAGUUUAUGAGUCAGCCCUCUUUUUUAAAGCCUGAAUUCCCAGUCUUCAUUUUAGCAGCAGCAGACAGAUUGUUCGUAAGAACUUCAGUCUCAAGAACGAUCUUAUUCCCUGAAUUCAAAGUUGGGAACUCAUCAUCCGUCUCUUCCAGAAGCUCAAAACGGGAAGAGGAUCUGGUAGCUCUUUUGAUAGCAGACUCACAGGCCACCUUCUUCACCUUCCUCAGGAGUCGUGAUGAACAGUAAAUCCGCAGCAGACAAGAGCGGAAACCUGCAGCGGUUUCCGACCGUCCUCCGUCCCCCGUCCCCCAAGAGGUUGGGGGGAUUCGCCCAGAUGUCAAGAAUCCCAAACCACUCUCGAAAUCCAAAACAACAAGCUAGAAAUCGGGAGUUAUAGCCAAGAUUCGAUGUCAAUGUGAACAGUAAAAGCAACGCUACAACAUCUCGUUUUUGCGUUUCUAGCCAAAAAUCACCAUUCCAAAUUCAAAUCCAAGGAUAGAAAUGAAAUUAGAACAGAUUUUCGACUCUGAAACAACAACAAAAAAACGGAUUACAACAAACAAAUCAGUGAAGAACGCAACUCCAUUAGCGCAAAAGAGCCCAGGCCGAAAUUCCUAGGGAGAGAAAGCUCUCAACUUUUGCUUUUUGAUUUUUUCUUCUUUAAUGACAUCUUCUGUGCUUCAUGUCAACCUUAAUGCCAUCAUCCGAUCUUCAUCCCUACUGCUUUCAUCCUCUCCAACUGUGUUACCAUAUUUUUGCGGUACACUAUCAUAUAUGCAGCUUGUAAUUCUUUUAAGUCCAUUCCAACCAUCAAGAAAUCAACAAUCUUUAGCACGUACAUCCCACAAUUGUCC